UGAGGAGGGAUGUGUGGGAGGCGGUGGGAGUGUCCGCUGAGGGAGGGGUCACAGGAAUGCAUGGUUCGCUACUGAGGGAGCAUUCUUGAGCCGAGCUGAGUGCAGCCGGACACGCUCUGGAAAGGAUCUCCUGCAUGAUCACAAACCUGCUUUGAUUGGAUUUGCGCUUAAUCUGUUGGCGGUGAAGGAGCUCAAAGCCUCACAUUUACUGUGUUUGGAGGAUUUUACUGGAUACUGAUUCAGUCUCUGGAAAGGAUUGGCUCAGGAUGGACAUGUUCAAAGGGUAAAAACAAACACUUUGUCAGAGCUCCUAGAUUUUGGAGGGACCUAUCUUUUUUGUUUAUACAUGCAAGGAAGCAACUUUUUAACACUUCUGAUACUGGAGUGACUGAACUCUGAAAAGCGUUGGAUAGUUGAAAACAAAAAUUGGCCGUAUUUUGGAUGACACUGAGAGGGACCAGAGAGUUUAUCAUCCUCCUUUCAUCGUAUCAUUAGCAUUUUGGGUUGCUCUGACAAAUAGAGACAUCCCCCCCUUCAAAUGAAGGUCUUGCUGAUGUUGCUAAUACCACAAAUGCGAGAGCAGAAAACAGUGAGCACCAUGCCACAAGGAGGAGACAUUUAAAACCCAAGAAAGACUGAAGGAAUCCUGAAGGGAAAAGCUGUUUGUAGUCACUUUUGUGCACUUGGAGUGCAUCAGCACAAGUAAAGAAGAGCACCUCACCAUGUUUGCCCCGACGACAGCCCUGCCUCCUCCUCCUCCCCUCUUAACAGGAAGUGCUCUGCCAGUGCCCAGUGCACCAUCAACAGCUCCCUACACAGAUCAUGACCUACUGCGGCAGGAGUUAAACUCUCGGUUCCUGGCCUCCCAGACUGUCGAUCGAGGAGGCGCUCUAGCUCCCCCGGCCUACCUGCGCACAGAGUUCCACCAGCACCAGCACACACACCAACACACACAUCAACACACCUUCUCUCCCUUCUCCCAUUCCAUCAUGCCCAACCCAGCAGCACCACUGGUGCGUACCCCUGCCAGACAAUUUGACAAAUACCCCGCUAAAGUGGACACCUUCCAUAGACACAGUUUGGUCCCGUCCUAUCCAUCAGUAAUGACUGGAAUACCUCCUAUGGUUCCACCUGCUGGACCAUUCAGCUCUCUCCAGGGAGCUUUUCAGCCCAAGGCUUCCAACCCACUAGACGUGGUGUCAAGACCAGGAUCAGUGGCACACCAACUUUUACAGAAGGACUCUAGACUUCUUGACCCCAUGUGUACUAAACCAAAGAAACCUGGGAAGUGGUGUGCAAUGCAUGUCCACAUUGCAUGGCAACUUUACCAUCAUCAGCAAAAAAUUAAGAAGCAGAUGCAGAUUGAGCCACAUAAAUUAGACUUUGGGUUUAAGCCUGAGUUUCUGAACCGAUCGCCUGGCUCAAGCUUCAUGGGAUUGCAGCCACAUGAUUUACCCCGCCCCUCCACCAUACUCUCUAAUGCAGGUCCCACACACCCUUCAGUUUCGACCUAUGGAUCCUUACCGCACACCCCAAACAAUCUCCACAGUGUAGUCCCCCAUCAUGAGGCUCUUAAUAAGCCACUCACCUUUGGAGGCCUAAGUACACUGAGUUCAUCUGCCUUUGGAGGACUAGGAAACACAUCACUAACACCAAAUGCAGCACAUGGGACUAAAGAUGGUAAAACGGUGCCAACUUCAAGUGGACCACUAGAGCCCUGGAACAGACUGCACCAGACGCCCUCAUCCUUCCCGACGCCCUCUCUGUGUUCAAGGCCUUCUGAAACCGAGAGAGCUCCCUCCAUAUCGGACAGAGCAGCAAAUAAGAGAGAUUCCCUAGAGAACAAAGAUGACAAGGAAAGGGAACCAAAAGAGAAAUCAAAUGGACGGCAUUUGUCCCCCAUCAGAAAUAGUGCACUGGACAACAAACAACCAACAGAGUCCUUGAAAAGUUCCUCUCCAAAUGAGCCCAAGGAAGAGGACCAGGCAAGAGAGAAAAGACAAGUCCAAGAGCUUCCACAACAAACUCGAGCAACUGAGGAGCAAAAACACAAAGAGAUCCAAAGUGACAAAAGAGAAAAGGAUGUGAAAAGCGAGCAGCAGCCCACUGAUGACAAGCCAGCAGGAAAGGAGAGUUCAUCACCCAAGCAGCAGAGAGAGGAUCUCAAACGGCCAAACAGUGAUAGCCAACCCUGGGAGCCAGCUGAGAAGAAGAUUAGAGUCGAGUAUGAACCCCAUGCCAAAAGCAGCAAGGUGAGAGUGAAGGAGGAGAAGAGAGACGACCAGGACCAUGAGGUUACAACACACCAUAAAGUUUCAGAAAAAACAUGGCAGGAUCCCAGAGCCCCUGCUAUUAACCCUUCACCUCUUUCAACUCUUCCUUUGCCAAUAGGAAUCCCAGCUGGCCACCCUGGUCUUGACAGAACUAGGCUGGUGUCACCUUUUCUGGGAAUGGGUCCAUUACCUGGUGCCGAAAGGCUGCCUUACUCGCCUCAACACUGGGAGUCUAUGCGGAAUGUUUACCGGGGUUUAGAUCUUCCUCGUAGGGACUCCUUGGGCAAGGACCUCUUAAUAAGAACCGACCCCCUGCAACGUGCCAUGAUGGGACACCCUGCUUACCUACGAGAGCCAUUUCUGCAGUCCAUGGUCCUGGAGCAAAGGAGUCAAAUGGAGGAACGGCAACGCCUGGCCUUCCUGAGAGAAGAGAGCGAGCGUAGCCGCCUACUGACUUUGCAUCAUACUGCACUGGAUCCUCACUUACCGCCUCCAGGACUCCUCACGGCAGCUUACCCCUGCACAGGGCUCCCACAUUACAGCUCGCUCAGUAGGACUCUACCUGCUGCUUACGUACACGCCCAACCACACCCACUUUUCCCAAUGCUGGCAGCACAUCCAGGGUCUCCGAGACGGAUGACCCCUCUCACAGACAGACCGGUUUCGCACCCACACUGAGACUCGGUGAACUGGACUUCAUCAGAAUCUGAUGGACUCGUGUAUAUCAAGCACUUCAUGUGAAACAAUGUGUAGUCAUGAAAUGUACAGUGGUGGAAAUGAUUUUUUUUCGUCCAAAAACAAAAAUAUUAAAAUGACU